AUGUCGAGAGUGACGGACACCCCCUUCUUUGAGGAGGAAGGAGAAGAAUCCAGAGCAGCUUCAGAUCGUGAGGCAUCAGUGGCAUCGACCGUCAACUCGCUGGAUGAGGGGUGGAUCAAAUGCAACUUGGACACCGGUGCAUCAGUUACCGUCUUCCCGAGAAGGAUGUUCAACAACGUGGAUGAGCCCAAUGACGUGCGCCUGAAGACCGCAUCAGGAGAAAUCAUCAGAGGAUAUGGAACUACAUCCAUCAGGGGCAAGGACGAGAAGGGCAUCGGGCGCAAGUUGACCGGCCAGGUGACGGAGGUGCACAAGAUUUUGGUCAGUGCUGGAGCCCUACACAAGAAGGGAUUUUCGACUUGGAUUGGCCCUGGUGGUGGAUGCAUUAUUCCCUUGAAGCACCCCGUCAACGAGUCGUUGUGUGUGGCCUAUGCAGCAGCAAUUGGAAGGCAUGGGGAUGAGGGCAUCAUACCACUCUAUGAGGAGAACGGCGUGUACAACUUCUACAUCCAUGACUUGGAGGACGUGAACAAGUUGGACGCUCCUGCAACACCUGAUGAGGAGCCACCAGAGCAGAGAGCUGAGAUGAAGUUGGUCCCACAGCCAACGUUUGCACCUGCACCUAGGGCAACUGGAUCAGAUGGACCUAUGAGGAGCAGAUCGCCGAUGAGACAUCGACCUGUCUGCGCGGUAGAAGGUGAUGGUCCAGAAGCAGAUGCAGGUGAUGACCAAAUGCAAAUUCGAGGUGAUGAAGGAGUUGAAGAGCCAGUGGAGGCCCGACGUGCCAACCCUGGCUGGACACCAAAGAGCCCAACAGAUCGUGAACGAGCAGAACAUGAAAGUAGUGGACAUGCAGUCUACAGAUCGUGGUGUGAGGAGUGCAUCAAGGACUUGGUCGACACGGUGACCAUGGAUUACUACUACAUGGGCGAGGAGGAUGGUGCCAAGCCAUAUCUUGUUGCUCAAGAUCGCCGCACUGGAAUGAUGAUGUCAACAUCCCUGAGGGAGAAAGGUGUGGCAGACUUGACAGCAACGAAGCUCUUGGCAAAGUUCCUGGACGUCCUUGGAUACCGGGAGGUGGUCUUGAAGAGCGAUGGCGAGAGGGCCUUGAUCGCACUGAAAAGAGCCGCAGCCCAACAAUCGAAAGGGCUGGUCAGGGCAAUUCAUGAGGAGUCACCAAAAGGAGAUUCAAAAGCAAAUGGAGAAGCCGAGCAGGCAGUUCGGGAGAUAAAAUGGCGUGUGAGAGCCAUCACAAUGAUGCUGGAGAAGAAGCUCAACAUCAAGCUUCCUGAAGGACAUCCUUUGCUGACCUGGGUGCCCCGCUAUGCAGCAGAGCAGAGCAACAGGUUCAAGAUUGGCCAUGACGGCCGCACUCCAGAGGUUCCUGGGGUGCCACAAUCGCUUUGGGAGCGUCUUGGCCAUUACCACUUUCUGCCCGAGGAGGAGAAGUGGAUUCAACUUGAAGAUGGCUUGAAAGGAGCCCCAUGGGAUGUUCAAGCUUAUGUGAGGAGAGCGGUGGAGGAGCCACCACAACCUUUGGGAUUGCCAGCUGCUGUGCCGGUGGUCAUACCGGCGGCGGUGGCACCAGCACCUGUGGCACUACAUGCUGAACAAGGAGAACUUCCUGGAGGAGACCUACGGCCUGGAGGAGAGGACACAGGUGGUGAGGGCGCUCCACUUUUGGGUGGACCGAGCGUCAGUGCUCAAGCGCCGGCAGGGCAGAAGAGGGCUUGGCCGGUGAGGCGUGAGCACAUCAACAAGACAGCUGAGUGCCCAGGGUGCACAUCGCUGAUGAGGGGCGUUGGAUAUCAACAGAUCGCCCAUAGCGAGACAUGCAGAAUGAGGAUCAAGAGGUGCAUUGAGGAGCAACAGAAGACUUCAGAGGAGUCAGCAAAGAGGCAGAGGGAGCAGGAUGACAAAAUUGAGGCUGAGGUGAAGAUGCGGCUUGAGGAGCGUGCAGAAGCAUCACAACAGCCACAGCAGUCAGGACCUUCUUCAAGCUCGAGGCCGAGUGCAGACGAACUACAACAUGGAGGAGGUGAGGCUGCAGAAGAUGAGGUGAUUGGGGAGAGCCCCAAGAGGAAAGGAGGAGAACAGGGGGUUCUCGACGUGGAAGACCUUGAGAGACAGGUUGAGGCAGAAGUCCAGGAGAGCAUCAGAGAUGAGGCUGUAGGAGCCAUGGAAAAGAUCAUCGGAAGCCGAGAGGCGGCACAGAUCAUCAUGGAUCUUGGUGCAAUGGAUGUCAUCGAGGUGUUUUCACCCCAGAGGGUGAAUCAAGAGGUCGAGCGCUUCGGCAUGAGGAGAGGAGCGGCAAUCGACUUGGAUGAGAUGAAGCCCGACGGCAGUGGCCAUUGGGAUUUGGAUCGACCCGAUGACUACAGAGAGGUCCUGAAGAUGAUCAUUCAGGAGCAACCUUUGUUGGUGACGAGCAGUCCGCCGUGCACCACAUUUUGCCCAUUGAGGAGGUUGAGCAAUCACAAACGUGAUGCGGAAGUUGUUGCAGCAGAAAAAGAACUUGGAAAGGAGAGGCUGAGAAAGGCCUUGAAAGCCUGUGUGCUUCAGGCGAGUACGGGCAACUACUUCCUGCACGAGCACCCCAAGGAUUCUUGGAGCUGGAAAAUGCCUGAGGUGAAAGAGCUUGUGGACAGCGGCAAGUACUACCUGGUCCAGAGCCCUAUGUGUCGAUUUGGCAUGAAGCUCAAGGACGACAAUGGGGAGGAGCAACACGUGAGGAAAGAAACCUUGUGGCUUACAAACAGUGAGGCCAUUGCAAACGAGCUCGGAGGAGUUUGCGACAACGUGCUGCAUGGGCAGGAGAUUCAUCGGCAUGUGAAGCUGAUCGGAGGACAACGUGCGAAGGCCGCACAGGUGUAUCCAAAGGCUUUGGUGGAAGCCAUACUUCGUGGUCUUCAGGAGGAGGUGAGAAGGACCAAGAAGAUCAGCAUGGUUGAGGAGAUGAUUUCGGGCCCAUCGCCUGAUGAUGCAGUUGAAUGGGACAUGGAGAUUGAGGAGGCAGAGCCAAUCAUCGACGAUGCCUCGGGAGCCAUUUUGGACCCAGAGGCAGUGAAGAAAGCCAGAGAAGAGGAGCUCAAAUGGAUCAGAGGAGAACAAGUCUAUGAGCGAGUUCCUGCAGAGCUUGCACAAGGGCAUCAACUUCUUCGAGUCAAGUGGGUCGACAUCAACAAGGGCGAUGCCGAUCAUGUUCGCAUCAGAUCAAGGUUGGUGGCCCGGGAGAUCAAAAGAGCAAAGCCCAAAGAGAUGCAACUGGGUGGCAGUGACACAUUCAGCAGCACUCCACCGAUUGAGGCAGUCUAUGCUUUGAUGAGCUGCUUCAUGACCCGAGCACCUGGUGAUCGACGCAAAAAGAUGGCAAACUGGGACAUCUCUCGAGCCCAUUUUAUGGGGACAGCUGAGAGGGAGCUGUACAUGGAAUUGCCUGAGGAAGAUCGAGUUCAUCCAGGUGAUCAAGGACCUAUGGUGGGUCGUUUGAAACGAUCGCUCUACGGCACGCAGGAUGCCGCCAAGAUCUUCCAGACCGAGUAUGAGGGAUGGCUGAAGAACAGUUUUCCAAGGUGUGCCCAUCCAUUUUCAACAUCGAGCAGCAGGGCUUGA